AUGUUGAAAAUGCUGAUGUAUCAAGCUACAUUCACUCGGCUGGAUCUUGCAUACGCUGUUGGCAAUUCGAGCUGUUUUGUUGCCAGUCAUCCAUCGAUCAAGUUCUGUGUUCCAUUCGCGGCCAGCCUGGCGCAGACCGUACAAACCUUGCGUACAAUCAUUCAAAUACGAAGGGUUAAGAUCCGCAGCAAAAACCUUCAGACCAAGAUUUGCAGACAAUGCGAGCUUCUUUAUAUGGCACAGUAUUGUAGUUUUUGA